GGGAGGAGGAGGAGGAGGAAGGAGGAAGGAGGAGGGGGGAGGAGACGGUGGUGGCGGCGGCGGGAGGGGGGAGACGUCGUCGUCGUCGUCGCCUUCCUGCCUUCCUUCUGCGUUGCGUUUCCGCGUUGCGUUCCGUUGGGCGGCGAGGCGAUGGGCCCGUGAGCGCCGCUGGGCCUCUCUCCUCCUCCUCCUCCUCCCUCCCCUUCCUCCUUCCUUCCUUCCCCGUCCGUGGCCCAGCCGCGCCCUCCUCCUCCUCCUCCUCCUCCUGGUCCCCUCAGUCUCUCUCUCACAGGCCGGGCAUUGAUGGUAAUGUAUGCGAGGAAACAGCAAAGACUCAAUGAUGGCUGUCACGACCGCAAGGGGGACUCGCAGCCCUACCAGGCUCUUAAAUACUCAUCAAAGAGUCACCCCAGUGGUGGUGAUCAUCGGCAUGAGAAGAUGCGAGACACCACAGACCCUUCACCACCAAAUAAAAUGUUGCGGCGCUCUGAUAGUCCUGAAAACAAAUAUGGUGACAGCACUGGACACAGUAAAGCUAAAAGCAUGCAUACUCACAGAGUUAGAGAGAGGGAUGGUGGAACCAGUUACUCUCCACAAGAAAAUUCUCAUAACCACAGUGCUCUUCAUAGCUCAAAUUCACACUCUUCUAAUCCUAGCAAUAAUCCAGGCAAAACAUCUGAUGCAUCUUAUGAUUCUGCAGAUGACUGGUCUGAGCACAUUAGUUCUUCUGGCAAAAAGUAUUACUAUAAUUGCAGAACAGAGGUUUCACAGUGGGAAAAACCAAAAGAAUGGCUUGAAAGAGAGCAGAGACAAAAAGAAGCGAGUAAAAUGUCUGUCAACAGUUUCCCAAAAGACAGAGAUUACAGAAGAGAGGUGAUGCCGGCAACCGCUGCUAGUGGGUUUUCCAGUGGAAUGGAAGAGAAGCAUUCCAGUGAUGCCGCUAAUAUGCUCCCACAGAAUAUUUUGUCUCAGACAAGCAGACACAAUGACAGAGACUACAGACUGCCAAGAACAGAGACUCACAGUAGUUCUACCCCAGUACAGCAUCCCAUCAAAACAGUGGUACAUCCAUCUGCAACCCCAAGUUCUGUUCCUCCUAGCCCAUUUCCUCUACAGUCUGACCACCAGCCAAAGAAAUCGUUCGAUGCAAAUGGAGCAUCUUCCUUAUCAAAACUGCCUACACCCACUUCUUCCAUCCCUUCACAGAAAACAGAGAGAAAAGAAUCUGUGUCUAUGGAGAAGUCUGUAUCUCACUCAUGCACAACACCUUCCACAUCGUCUGCUUCUGGAUUGAAUCCAGUUUGUGCACCAACUUCAUCUUCUGCUGCAGUCCCUGUUUCACCUGUCUCACAAUCACCAAUUACCCCGCUUCUGCAGGAUCCACACCUCCUUCGGCAAUUACUACCUGCUCUCCAAACCACCUUGCAGAUUAACAAUUCUAGUGUAGAUAUAUCCAAAAUAAAUGAAGUUCUUACAGCUGCUGUGACACAAGCUUCUCUGCAGUCUAUACUCCAUAAAAUUCUCACUGCUGGACCAUCUGCUUUUAAUAUAACUUCCCUGAUUUCGCAAGCAGCACAACUUUCUACACAAGCUCAGCCAUCUAAUCAGUCCCCAAUGUCUUUAACAUCGGAUGCCUCAUCACCAAGGUCAUAUGUCUCUCCAAGGAUAAGCACGCCUCAGACUAACCCAGUUCCUCUGAAACCUUUGAUAAAUACACCUCCUGUAUCAUCACAGCCAAAGGUUACUACUUCAGGUGUUAAGCAAGGACCAGUUUCACAGUCAGCAUCUCAGCAGCCCGUGAUUGCUGAUAAGCAGCAAGGUCAUGAACCUGCUUCUCCUCGAAGUCUCCAGCGUUCGAGUAGUCAGAGAAGUCCAUCUCCUGGUCCAAAUCAUACCUCCAGUACAAGUGCUUCAAAUGCGACAGCACCACAGAAUGCAUCUGCACGACCUACGUGCUCAUUAACACCUACAUUAGCUGCACAUUUCAAUGAAAAUCUUAUAAAGCAUGUUCAAGGAUGGCCUGCCGAUCAUGCAGAAAAGCAGGCAUCAAGAUUACGUGAAGAAGCUCAUAACAUGGGGAGUGUACACAUGUCUGAAAUUUGUACUGAAUUAAAAAACUUAAGAUCUUUAGUUCGAGUAUGUGAAAUUCAAGCAACUUUGCGUGAGCAAAGGAUACUAUUUUUGAGACAACAAAUUAAAGAACUUGAAAAACUAAAGAAUCAGAAUUCCUUCAUGGUGUGAAAAGUUGUGAAUAAUUGCACAUGGGUUUUUGAGUACAGGAACUGUAAAACUGGUUGCCCAGUCUUAACAUUUUUGAGCUGCAUAUGAGUAGACUUUGGACCGUUGAGUUGGGCAAAAGAAAAUGACAUGGGAAAGGGGACACGAGGGGUGUCAUUCAGGGGAAGGAUACAAGGAAGAUUUGUAAACCCUUGAAAUGUAGAUUUCUUGUAGAUGUAUUCUUCACGUUGUAAAUAUGUUUUGUAGAGUGAAGCCAUGGGAAGCCAUGUGUAUCAGAGCUUAGACAUCCAAAACUAAUCAAUGCUGAGGUGGCUAAAUACCUAGCCUUUUACAUGUAAACCUGUCUGCAAAAUUAGCUCUCUCUCUUUUUUUAGUUAAUUUAUCAUUCAAAAAUCUUGCAUUUUCUAAAAUACGAUGCAAGCGCCAGGCGAUCUGUGUCUCAAGGCUGCAACAGUUUGAAACAGUUUGGGUAAUGUACAAAAUAUCAUGAAACAACUGUUUCCACACUUGCACCGAAUCAAGAGCAGUGCUUUUCCAUUUCUGUUUUACAGAGCAGUGUUCUCAUUUUCUAUGUUCAUUUUCCCCUUGAAAUCCUAGGGUCUGAUUUUAUCAGUUUUUUUAAUUCUUCUAAUUUCCUCCUUUCCUAAGGCACUGUUGCUAUGGCACUUUUCUAUAAUCUUUUCAUUCCUGUGUACAGUAGCUUAAAAUUGCAGUGAUUGAGCAUAACCCACUUGUUUGUAUAAAUUAUUGAAAUGUAUUUCCAUUUGCACCCUGUAAGAAUGGACUGGUAGUACUGCUGGGCAUGUGUGCUGAAAGUACAUCCCUUUCUCAGAUUAUAAGGAAACAGCCCAACGAACAUGUCAACAUGGUUGUGGGAGGGAAAGAAGAAGAAGAAGCUAGUCAGAUGUGAAUUGUAUCUGUUGUAAUAAACAUGUUUAAAACAAAGAAA